AUGGCAAGUAAUAGUACGUCUGUUGUACCCCUUAGUACGUCUAUCGUACGUCCUAACAAUACUCACAGGGAGAAAUCGAAAAAAUUCACGGGAGUGGAUUUUAAGAGAUGGCAACAGAAAAUGUUGUUCUAUCUCACGACUCUGAAUCUGGUCAAAAUCUUGAGAGAAGAUGCUCCAACCAUUGAGGAGAAGGAAACAGAUUCUCAAAAACGAGCAGCAUUCGAUGCUUGGAGUCAUAGUGACUUCUUGUGCAGAAAUUACAUCCUCAAUUGCCUUGACAACACACUAUACAACGUAUACUGUUCCGUCAAAACGGCUAAAUUACUAUGGGAGUCAUUGGAAAAGAAAUACAAAACAGAAGAUGCCAGAUUGAAGAAAUUCGUUGUAGGCAAAUUCUUGGACUUCAAAAUGGUAGAUUCUAAAACAGUAAUGACUCAAGUCCAAGAGAUACAACUUAUCUUGCACGGUAUACAUGCAGAAGACAUGAAGCUCUGUGAACCAUUUCAGGUAGCUGCAAUUAUCGAAAAAUUACCACCAAUGUAG